UAAACACUCUAAUUUUGAGUAUGCACAUUAGAUAGCUCGACUUGUCUCCACGGUAUCAAAGAACAUUUCACCUUACAAAAUAAAUAGAUCGACACCUCCAAAAUGUAUAUGUCACGUCGGCAUAAGGUGUCCACAAGACACAAUGAAGACGAGUUGGAGUGUUUAGCUGUCAAUUGAGACCAAGUUGUGGUGUCUCAAUGUGCACUUUCAAAGUUAGAAUAUUUACUUGUGCCAGUUGAGACCAAAUUUAAGUGUGUUUAUGUAUCAUGUAUUAUUCAAAUUAAUCACCUUAAUUUUUCCCACUUCCCACACUCAUGAGUAUUGACUUUGUUGUCAACUUUGUUGUUUUUCCAUCCACUUGUUAUUAACUACUUACUAAAACAGUACCAUUGAUACUCUUUGUAAGUGCAUAAAUAGAAGAACUACUAGCUUAUUCAGUAUAUAGCAAAAGAUUUACAGUAACUAGAGAGAUACCGAAUACAAUCGAUGGAGAUCGCGAGAAUGACUAGAGGGUGUGUGAUUCUCAUGUUCUUUAUGGCUGCAAUAGCGUUCUGCAGCCAUCAACAAGUGGUGGCGAAAAAUAUCGCCACCUAUUCACAAUCGCGCUCCAGUAAUUGCAGCGGUAGCGAUAAGGGAAAAAUAAAGAAGUGCAUGACACAAACAACCUCUAUAGAUAAAUGUUGUCCAUUAUUUAAGAGGACAAUUGGUGCUAAUUGUAAGUGUUAUCAUUAUGCUGAGGACUUGGAUAAUCAAGUCUUAAUUACUCUUGAGAGUUACUGUGAUGUCAAUAAUCCAUGUAAACAUGUACAAUCGCAGCCGAAAUGCAGUGCAACUGAUAAAGCAAAGGUAAAAACUUGCAUGACUAAAACAAGCUCUAUAGAUGCAUGCUGCCCAACAUUCAGAAGCAUACUAGGCAGGAGUUGCCCUUGCUAUGGUUAUGCCAUGAAAUUAGACAAUCAAGUUUUGAUUACUCUUCAAGCUUAUUGUGAUGUUAGCAAUCCUUGUAAGCAAGUGCAAGGUGAAAUGAGAAAAUCAACUCAAUCUUCUGUAAUUGUUAGUCAAGAAGAUGAUGAUCAUUAAUACUGAAAGUUCAGCUGAGAAGGUCGUGUCCUUGGGACUACAACUAUGAAGGAUACAAAUGCAGUUAACAUUGAUCUUGAUUUUAGACCUUCUAGUAUGAAGUUUAAAAGACAGAGAUGCUACUACUACGCCGCGGCCACAACUGCUAAGUAAAACAAGAGAAACCAGACUUGGCCUUUUACACAACACCAUAAGCAAGAAGCUUAUUCAAGAAUUUAGCUUUAGUUGUGUUAAGGUUUUUAAAUUGCUUUAUGAUCAUGUUUUUUGCAACACUAAUGUGUCCAAACUUCAAUUAUUAUGUUUUUAUUUUCAGUUCAAGUACUAUUGUUUCACUUUCAGAAAUUUUUUGGCAGCAGUUCAUAACUUGCUAUAAUUUUUUUGAAAUGUUAAUUAGCUUUUACAUCUUUUUCCUGGACUGUAUUUCAUCUUGAGCCGAGGGUCUAUCGGAAACAGCCUCUAUACCUCUGAGGUAGUGGUACGGACUGCGUACACUCUACCCUCCCUAGUCCCCACUAUAUGGGAAUACACUAGGUAUGUUGUUGUUGUUAAUUAGCUUCUACCGAAACAUGUAAUUACGAGGGUCUAUCGGAAACAGCCACUUUACCUCUGAGGUAGUGGUACGGACUGCGUACACUCUACCCUCCCUAGUCCCCACUAUGUGGG